GUGAUCCUGCAGGCAGUGAGAAAUUGGCCUCAGCAUAUGAGAGACCCUAUGGCAGAAAAUCACACGAUAUAGGUACCUGUGCCUGAUUUACCAUGGACAAAGUGCUCUGCAGCCUCCUGCUCCUGGGAACCACAGUGAUGAUGGCCCAUGCCUGCCCCAAAUACUGUGUCUGCCAGAACCUCUCAGAGUCUCUGGGCACCCUCUGUCCCUCCAAAGGCCUGCUGUUCGUGCCUCUGGACAUUGACCGGCGGACUGUGGAGCUGCGGCUGGGUGGCAACUACAUUAUCAAGAUCACCCAGCAGGACUUUGCCAACAUGACAGGCCUGGUGGACCUGACGUUGUCCCGCAACACCAUCAGCUCCAUCCAGCCCUUCUCCUUCAUUGACCUGGAGACCCUGCGCUCCCUGCACCUGGACAGCAACCGGCUGACAGAGAUUGGCGCAGAUGACCUGCGUGGCCUAAUCAACCUACAGCACCUCAUCCUCAACAACAACCAGCUGAAUCAGAUAUCCAAGGAGGCCUUUGAUGACCUGAUGCUCACCCUUGAGGACCUGGACCUCUCCUACAACAAUCUGCGAGGUGUUCCCUGGGAGUCCAUACGCAAGAUGGUCAACCUACACCAGCUCAGUCUGGAUCACAACCUUAUAGACUACAUUGCUGAGGGUACCUUCACGGACCUUGAUAAGCUUGCACGGUUAGACCUUACCUCCAAUCGGCUUCAGAAGCUUCCCCCGGACCCUAUCUUUGCCCGCUCCCAAAACAGUGUGGUGUUAACUACCCCCUAUGCCCCACAGCUGUCUCUCAGCUUUGGUGGCAACCCUCUGCACUGCAACUGCGAGGUGCUGUGGCUGCGGAGGCUGGACCGGGAGGAUGAUAUGGAGACCUGCGCUUCCCCGUCCAGCCUGAAGGGGCGCUACUUCUGGUAUGUGAGGGAAGAUGAGUUUGUCUGUGAGCCACCCCUCAUCACUCAGCACACCCAUAAGCUAUUGGUGCUGGAGGGCCAAACUGCUAGCCUGCGGUGCAAAGCCGUUGGUGACCCAAUGCCAGUCAUCCACUGGGUUGCUCCUGAUGACCGGCUGAUUGGCAAUUCCUCCCGGGCAACGGUGUAUGAGAAUGGCACCCUGGACAUCUUGAUCACCACCUCCAAGGAUUACGGCACCUUCACCUGCAUCGCCGCCAACGCUGCAGGGGAGUCCACGGCCUCCAUAGAGCUGUCCAUCAUACAACUCCCCCAUCUCAGCAAUGGUACAGGCCGUACUUCACAGCCCAAAUCCCGGCUGUCUGACAUCACCAGCUCCACCAAGACUAACAAGGUGGAACCCAAGGCUCCACCUGAGAGGGUGGUGUCGGUGUCAGAGGUGACAGCAGUGUCUGCUCUGGUCAAGUGGUCAGUUAGCAAAGCAACGCCCAAGGUGAAAAUGUACCAACUGCAGUACAACUGUUCCGACGAUGAAGUCCUCAUAUACAGGAUGAUCCCAGCUUCAAGCAAAGCCUUCCUGGUGACAAACCUGGUGUCAGGUAUUCAGUAUGACCUGUGCGUACUGGCCAUCUGGGAUGACACAGCCACCACCCUGACUGCAACAAAUGUAGUGGGAUGUGUGCAGUUCAUAACCCGUGACGACUACCCGCAGUGCCAGUCUCUGCACAGCCAGUUCCUGGGUGGCACCAUGAUCCUGGUGAUUGGCGGCAUCAUUGUGGCCACGUUGCUGGUGUUCAUCGUCAUCCUUAUGGUGAGGUACAAGGUGUGCAGCAGCUCCCAGUCAAGCAAGUUGCCCACAGUCAGUAACACCUAUUCGCAGACUAACGGGGGCCAUACGGUGCACAAUGGCAUGCCGCCACAGGUCAAGCCAAAAGUAGUAGUGAGGGACGAACUCAUGGAGUUCAAGUGUGGGUCCCUCCAGAGCAGCCUGUCCUCCUCCUCCAGCUCGUUGGGCAGCCGGGAUGGCGACAACUACAGUCUGCACAGCGAGAACAGUGCGCUCUCCCACAAGUGGAGGCCGGGUCCCUCCAAGGCCCGGCCCAACCUGGACCACUUGCUAGGGGCCUUUGCCUCUCUGGAGCUGCGGGGCCAGAGCAGGGACCCGGGGCCCUCCAGUGCUGUGACCACAGCCUUGGCUCCACCAUCUGACAAGGAGCCUCUGCUGGGCCGCACGGACUCCAGGCUGAGCCGGCUGCUCACACUGCCCCUGGAAAGCAAGCCCAAACGGAGCCACUCCUUUGACAUGGGAGACUUCGCCACCACGCAGUGUUGCACCUACCCCCGGAGGAUUAGCAACAUCUGGACUAAGAGGAGCCUCUCUGUGAACGGGAUGCUGCUGCAGUAUGAUGAGGGGGACCAAGAGGGAAGCAAGACAACCUUCGAGAGCUCUGAGUGGGUCAUGGAGAGCACUGUCUAAGAGGGAUCACAUGAUUGAUGUCUCCAACGAGGGAGGG